GCACACCAACCAAACACUCGCCUGCCUUCCUUCCUUCCUUGUUCGUUCCUCGACGCACGCACGCAGAUCUCAUCCAUCCAAGCCAAGGCAGGUCAGGUCAGGUCAGGUCUCUCCCCUCCCCCCGAAUCUUCUUCCUCCCCCCCCUUGCCCCCCGAUCCGAUCCCCGUCGCGCCGUCGCCCAGCCCGGCCGUGGCUUCCGGCGGGGCGCUCGCUCGUCGGCCCAAAGAACCUAGGUACGAGAUGGCUCUCACCAGAAUUGGUCUCGCUGGCCUCGCGGUCAUGGGCCAGAACCUUGCCCUCAACAUUGCCGAGAAAGGCUUCCCCAUCUCUGUCUACAACAGGACAACGUCCAAGGUCGAUGAGACUGUUCAGCGUGCCAAGCUAGAAGGAAACCUUCCUCUCUAUGGUUUCCAUGACCCUGCAUCCUUUGUCAACUCCAUUCAGAAGCCACGUGUCGUCAUCAUGCUUGUCAAGGCUGGUGCUCCGGUCGACCAGACCAUCGCAACGCUCGCAGCACACCUGGAGCAAGGUGACUGCAUCGUUGACGGAGGAAACGAGUGGUAUGAGAACACAGAAAGGAGGGAGAAGGCCAUGGAGGAGCGUGGACUCCUCUACUUAGGGAUGGGUGUCUCCGGAGGAGAGGAGGGUGCCCGCCAUGGCCCCUCCAUGAUGCCUGGAGGCUCACUGGAGGCUUACCAGUACAUUGAAGACAUUCUUCUCAAGGUGUCUGCUCAAGUCCCUGACAGCGGUCCGUGUGUCACAUACAUUGGGAAGGGUGGAUCUGGAAACUUUGUCAAGAUGGUUCACAAUGGUAUCGAGUACGGUGACAUGCAGCUGAUCGCUGAGGCAUAUGAUGUUCUCAAGUCGGUUGGUAAGCUCACAAACGGUGAGCUGCAGCAGGUUUUCGCCGAGUGGAACAAGGGUGAGCUCCUCAGUUUCUUGGUCGAGAUCACUGCUGAUAUAUUCAGCAUCAAGGAUGACCAGGGUGAAGGCUACUUGGUCGACAAGGUCCUGGACAAGACUGGGAUGAAGGGAACCGGCAAGUGGACAGUGCAGCAGGCUGCUGAGCUCUCAGUGGCUGCUCCUACCAUUGAGGCGUCCUUGGAUUCCAGGUUCCUCAGCGGGUUGAAGGACGAGAGGGUGGCUGCUUCCAAGAUCUUCCAAGGUGACUACAGCAGCGGCGAAACUGUGGACAAGGCGCAGCUCAUCGAGGAUGUGAGGAAAGCUCUGUAUGCCUCCAAGAUCUGCAGCUAUGCCCAGGGCAUGAACAUCAUCAAGGCCAAGAGCGUGGAGAAGGGAUGGGGCCUGAACCUGGGCGAGCUGGCCAGGAUCUGGAAGGGCGGGUGCAUCAUCCGCGCCAGCUUCCUGGACCGCAUCAAGAAGGCGUACGACAGGAACGGCGAGCUCGCGAACCUCCUCAUCGACCCCGAGUUUGCGCAGGAGAUCAUGGACAGGCAGGCCGCAUGGAGGAGGGUCGUGUGCCUCGCCAUCAACAACGGCGUGAGCACCCCCGGCAUGUCGGCGAGCCUGGCCUACUUUGACUCGUACAGGAGGGAGAGGCUUCCCGCGAACCUCGUGCAGGCCCAGAGGGAUUACUUUGGGGCGCACACCUACGAGAGGGUCGACAUGCCGGGAUCCUUCCACACCGAGUGGUACAAGAUCGCCAACUCGAAGAUCUAAGCUGCUGCUGCUGCUGCUGCUGCUGCUGCUGCUGCUGCUGCUGCUGAGAGACGGCCCAUCAGGUUUCGUCUUGUCGGUAGGUAUAUCUUUUGUUGUUGAGUCCUUUUUCCUGUAGGGGAGGAACUGCCUGCCGUUUAAUUUUUAUUACUCGAGUAAUGAGUCUGUCUGUGGUGUAUUUAUUUUCUACAAGGAGGUCCAGCCGGUAUUCUCUCCACUAGUUCCAUGUGAUUGAUCAACCCUGGAGGGAAACCACCACUGUUAUUUGUCGGAUUUCGCCAUCCUGAAUUUUAUAUAGCAUGAAGAAAUAAAAUACGUUUUCACA